UUUCCUUCAAAUUACAACCACUUUCGCACGAUCCAAACACUACAUUUUUUUCUUCUUUCUCAAUCUCUUCGCUAAUGGCUCGUACCAAGCAAACAGCUAGGAAGUCAACCGGAGGCAAAGCUCCACGAAAGCAGCUAGCCACGAAGGCCGCUAGGAAGUCGGCUCCGGCGACCGGAGGAGUAAAGAAGCCGCACCGUUUCAGACCAGGAACCGUGGCUCUGAGGGAAAUCAGGAAAUACCAGAAGAGCACUGAGCUCCUGAUCCGAAAGCUUCCGUUCCAGAGGCUUGUGAGGGAAAUCGCUCAAGAUUUCAAGACCGAUUUGAGGUUCCAAAGCAGCGCCGUCGCUGCUCUUCAAGAAGCUGCUGAGGCUUAUCUCGUCGGACUGUUUGAGGAUACUAACUUAUGUGCCAUUCAUGCUAAGAGGGUUACGAUUAUGCCUAAGGAUAUCCAGCUCGCUAGGAGGAUUCGAGGAGAGAGAGCUUAAUGUGUUUUUUUAGUCUAUUAAUGCUUUGGAUCAGAGAUCUAACUUUGUUGGUUUUGAUGCAUUAGCAUUCUCAGCUAAUGAUUGAUGUAAAUCAAUGGACUAUCAUUCCAUCCCAUGUAAUUUCGUGACGUUCA